AUGGCACUCCCGGAAGCGAUCCUCUUCUCCUCCCUCUGGGCUUUUGGCCUUGGGCAAUUAAAGUCGGAGCAACAUGAAAUAUCAGUUACUGGAGUAAGAGAUAAGAGUGUAGUUAUAUCUUGCAAGGUAUCCUCUCAAGACUUUAGCAACAAAUACAUCCACUGGUACCGGCAUAAACCAAAUCAGGGUAUGGAACAUCUAGUAUACGUCGUAACAGCCCCUGCUCCAAAAAACUUAGGAGGGAAGAAAAACAAGAUUGAGGCCAGAAAAGACGUCCGCACCUCCACUUCUACCUUGAACAUAAGGUUCUUAGAGAAAGAAGAUGAGGCCACGUACUACUGUGCCUGCUCAGGUUGGAUCAAGAUAUUUGGAAGAGGAACUAAGCUCAUAGUAACUCUCCCUGAUAGAAGCCUUGAUGGAGACAUGUCUCCCAAGCCCACUAUAUUUCUUCCUUCGAUUGAUGAAAUAAACCUCCAUGAGGCUGGAACACAUCUUUGCCUUCUCGAGAAGUUUUUCCCUGAUGUCAUUAAGGUCUAUUGGAAAGAAAAGAAUGGCAACAGAGUUCUGGAAUCCCAGCAGGGAAAUAUCAUCAAGACUAAUGAUACAUACAUGAAAUUCAGCUGGCUGACCGUGACUAAAAAGUCAAUGGAUAAUGAACUCGUAUGUAUCGUCAAACACGAGAAUAAUAAAAGAGGAAUUGAUCAAGAGAUUCUUUUCCCUUCAAUUGAGAAUAAUAAAAGAGGAAUUGAUCAAGAGAUUCUUUUCCCUUCAAUUAACAAAGAGGUCACUACACAUGCCUGCGUGAAAAAAGGAAGUGAUUCCCUGCAGCUGCAGCUCACGAACACCUGUGCCUGCUACACCUACCUCCUUCUCCUCCUCAAGAGCUUGGUCUACUUUGUCAUCAUCUCCUUCUGUGUGUGUAGAAGAACAGCCGUCUGCGGCCAUGGGAAGAGCUCGUGACAGAGGACACCACAAAGGGGUCACCUUUCCUUCAUCAUCUCUUGUCUCUAAAAGUGUCUGCUGAGGAUCUAGCUGGGCUUCCUUUCUGGGUUUGGGUUAUUUCAGUUCACAUGUGUAUUCUUCUAUGUGCCAUUAUUGUGUAAGGGCUUUUCAAACCACUGGGCAAGCAGACAGUUUGACUCCGUAACAGGGAAUUCUACCAUUACUCAGGGCAGGGCCCAAGGCUGGCCCAGGGGAGCCUCUCCCACCACUGUCCCCACAACC